CUGCUGCUGCUGGGGCUCCUGCUCGGCCUCAGCGCGGGUGCUGUCCUCAGCCAGUCCACAGAGGAGGGCAAGGAAGUAUGGGAUUAUGUGACAGUCCGCAAGGAUGCCCACAUGUUCUGGUGGCUCUAUUAUGCCACCAACCCCUGUAAGAACUUCUCAGAACUGCCUCUGGUCAUGUGGCUUCAGGGCGGUCCAGGAGGUUCCAGCACUGGAUUUGGAAACUUUAUGGAAAUUGGACCUCUUGACAGUAAUCUCCAACCAAGAAACACCACUUGGCUCCGGUAUGCCAGCCUCCUGUUUGUGGACAAUCCUGUGGGUACUGGGUUCAGUUAUGUAAACAAGAGUGACGCAUACACCAGAGACCUUGAUAUGGUGGCUUCAGACAUGAUGGUGCUCCUGAAAACAUUCUUCGAAGGCCACAAAGAAUUCCAGAUGAUUCCCUUCUACAUUUUCUCAGAGUCCUACGGGGGGAAAAUGGCUGCUGGCAUUUCGCUAGAGCUUCAUAAGGCCAUUCAGCAAGGGAGCAUCAAGUGCAACUUUGCUGGGGUUGCUUUGGGUGAUUCCUGGAUCUCACCUAUUGAUUCGGUGCUUUCCUGGGGACCUUACCUGUACAGCAUGUCUCUUCUGGAUGACCAGGGUCUGGCUGAGGUAUCCAAGGUUGCAGAGGAAGUCCUGAAUGCUGUGGACAAGGGCCAAUACAAAGAGGCCACUCAACUGUGGGAGAAAGCAGAAAUGGUCAUUUUACAGAACACAGAUGGGGUGAACUUCUAUAACAUCUUAACUAAAGACCCACCCAUGUCACCUAAGAAGUCAAGUCUAGAAUUCACCCAGCACCAUCUAGGUCGUCUUUAUCAGCACCACGUGAGAUACCUACAACAAGAUGCCUUGAGUCAACUCAUGAACGGUCCCAUCAAAAAGAAGCUCAAAAUUAUUCCUGAAGAUUACUCCUGGGGAGCCCAGUCUACAAACGUCUUCCUAAACAUGGAGGGAGACUUCAUGAAGCCUGCCAUCAGCAUUGUGGAUGAAUUGCUGGAAGCUGGGGUCAACGUGACGGUGUAUAAUGGACAGCUUGAUCUCAUUGUGGACACCAUGGGUCAGGAGUCUUGGAUGCGGAGACUCAAGUGGUCAGAACUGCCCAUGUUCAAUAAGCUGAAGAGGAAAGCCCUGUAUACCAACCCAGAAUCUUCUGAAACGUCUGCUUUUGUCAAGUCUUAUAAGAACCUAGCAUUCUACUGGAUUCUAAGAGCUGGACACAUGGUUCCCUCUGACCAGGGAGCUAUGGCUCUGAAGAUGAUGCAAAUGGUGACCCAGCAGGAAUAG